AUGGCAGAGCAACAGCGCCAGCACCAGCCCCAACAUCAACACGAACGCGAGCGCGAGCAACAUUAUGACACGGUGUCAGAUCAUCAUUCCUCCCUCUCCAGGACCAACUCGGCUGUCCGCCGUGCCAGGCCGCCUCCUCGCAAUCAAGAAGGUGACAUGUGCUGCGACCACCCCAACUGUCGGAACAGCAACCAGAUAUUUAGGAGGAUGUGCGAAUGGAACAAACAUAUGGACCGGCACGAAAGGCCGUACAAAUGUCUCGAAUCGGGGUGCGAACUAAAUCCUGGAUUCACAUAUUCAGGCGGUCUCCUGAGGCAUCAACGAGAAGUGCACAAAAUGCAUCUUUCCACCAAACAACCCCUGUUUUGUCCGUUCGCCAACUGCAAUCGAAGUUCCGGCGUAGGCUUCACGAGAAAGGAAAACCUUGAGGAGCAUAAACGGAGAAGACACCUCGACGAGAUUGAGACCUCCGACUAUGUCUAUCCUGCGAAAUCAGGAGCCCACCGACCUACCACGGCAUCGAUACCAAUACCAGCCCCGGAACAUUCGCAACAGGAAGUGUCCAGUCCUUCUAGCAAGCGAAGGAAAGUCUCCACCACGUCGGAGAGCCAGAGUGGCCACACGGUGGCGAUGGCCAGUCACAUGCAUGUGGCGACAACUGUAGCAGGCAGUGCAGCUGUAGCCAUCGGGGCUCCCGAGAUGACGACGCAGACUCCAACACAAAUGCAGACGACCGCGACGACCACGCCGACGCAGCAACUGGUUCAACGGCUACGAGACGAGUUACUCAGGAAGGAGGAUUUGAUUCGGCGCCAGAGCGCGGAGAUCCUGCGGCUGCAGAACUUUUUGCGUUCCUUGCCGCCACAGAUGGUGUUUGAGGUGCUACAGUCGCAGGCGCAGGCGCAGGCACAGCAUGCACAGCAGGCACCAAUCCCAGGCGGUGACGGGGGCUAA